AUGAUCAAGCAACCUGAGACACGUCCCAUCAGCCAAGAGCAACUUGUUGCCGAGGUAAAAGGCAUCUAUGCUGGUCUUGUCAUGACCGAGAGCAAGUGUAUCGAAGUUGACAAUGCCCAAAACUCUGCCAGUGAGAGUGAAUCGGAUCCCAUACUCAACGACGAGAAGUGGCAAGCUCUUAUUUCCAUUCAUCGCACAUUGCUUCAUGAACACCACGACUUUUUCUUAGCCAGCCAGCAUCCGUCAGCAAGCCCAGCCCUUCAACGGCUUGCGAGCAAAUACGCCAUGCCUGCACGCUUAUGGCGCCAUGGCAUUCAUUCAUUCCUGGAAUUGUUACGUCAUCGAAUACCAGAAAGUCAUGAGCAUAUGCUUACCUCUUUAUAUCUUGCCUACUCCAUGAUGACACUCUUGUAUGAGACAGUGCCAGCCUCCGAAGAGACAUGGAUUCAGUGUUUAAAAGACCUAGGUCGUAAUCGGUGA